AUGGCUCAUCCGAGUCUCCCACUCGCCGUACAGGCCAAGCUGAUAUCCGUCGUCCGCUCGACCUCUGGCGCAGUCUUUACCUUCUCCAAUUUCGACAUACUCCGCAACGUCGUCUUCUUCAUCUUCCUACUCCGCUUUCUACGAAGGUCCUUCUACAUAAUUCGCGGCCAGGGAAUAUUCGGCAGCAUCAGAAAUGUCUUCCUACAGGUCCGGCUGACCUUCUAUACCCUCUUCCUGCGCGCUCCGGGCGUGCGUGGCCAGGUCGACAAGCAGGUCUCCACGGCCAUAUCGAAGCUGGAACAGAAGCUUGCGCCGCAGGAGCCAGGCAUGAUAAAGUAUAUGAGUCUGCCCAAGAAGGCGUUGAGCCAUGAGCAGGUCCGCGCGGAGCUCGACAAGCUCGCUGGCAUGAAGCAUACUAUGUGGGAAGACGGGAGAGUCAGUGGCGCCGUGUAUCAUGGCGGCGAGGACUUGAUGAAACUCCAGACUGUGGCCUUUGGCCAAUUUGCCGUCACCAAUCCGAUUCAUCCUGACGUUUUCCCUGGCGUGAGAAAGAUGGAAGCUGAAGUCGUGGCCAUGGUUUCGGCCUUGUUUCACGGCCCUGAAGGCUCUGCUGGUGUGACUACUAGCGGUGGAACCGAGUCUAUCCUCAUGGCUUGUCUGUCAGCUCGCCAGAAGGCAUAUGCUGAACGGGGUGUGACCGAGCCCGAGAUGAUUGUGCCCGAAACCGCCCAUGCGGCCUUCACUAAGGCUGCUGAAUAUUUCGGCAUCAAAUUCCACUCUGUGCCGUGCCCAGGCCCUAACUAUCUCGUGGACGUCUCCGCGGUCCGCCGUCUCAUCAACCCAAACACCAUCAUACUAGUUGGAUCGGCGCCUAACUUCCCCCACGGCCUGGUAGACGACAUCCCAGCCCUAUCACGGUUGGCAGUCACCUACAAGAUCCCCUUGCACGUCGACUGCUGUCUUGGCUCAUUUGUUAUUGCAUUCCUGAAGAAGUCCGGUUUCCCUUCCCCGUACGAAGAUCAGGGUGGUUUUGACUUCCGCCUUCCGGGUGUCACCAGUAUCAGCGUUGAUACCCACAAAUAUGGAUUCGCUCCUAAAGGUAGUUCCGUCGUCCUAUAUCGCAACCGCUCCUACCGCACCUAUCAGUACUUUGUCAUGCCAAACUGGCCUGGUGGCGUCUACGCCUCUCCAUCCAUGGCCGGCUCUCGUCCCGGAGCGUUGAUCGCCGGAUGCUGGAGCAGUAUGAUGGCCGUCGGUGAAUCAGGGUACAUCGACAGCUGCCACCAGAUCAUCGGCGCAGCCAGAAAAUUCGAGUCAGCCAUCCGUGAAAACCCGGACCUCUCCUCCGCUCUUGAAGUAGUUGGCAAACCCAUGAUUAGCGUCGUGGGGUUCAUGUCCUCAACUCUCGAAGUCGACAUCUAUGACGUCGCCGAUGCCAUGUCCGCUAUGGGCUGGCAUCUGAAUGCCCUGCAAUCCCCACCUGCAAUGCACGUUGCCUUCACUCUACCGACUGCCAGGGCCGUCGACAAGCUGAUAGAAGACCUAAAGACCGUCAUCAAACAGGAACAAGCCAAGGCCGCCGAGAGAAAGGCCGCUGGCAUCAAGGUCGAGAAGAAACGCGGCGAUACUUCUGCCUUGUACGGUGUUGCUGGAAGUAUUCCGGACAAGAGCAUUGUCCGUCGUCUCGCCGAGGGUUUCCUGGAUACUCUCUACCUCAACUAG